UCGCAGUGAGCCUUUCUAUUAUGUGUAACGUUAUAUGAGGGUUUAUUUAACAACUAUUUUAACGUUACACUCGUACUGAAUGAACUAGCCAUUCAAAGCGAUAGUAAAACGUCGGAGAAGAUGUCAGAGAAGAGAUACUCCAGCAUGGAUGAGUCCUCGCUCCGCAAUCUGCUUGAUAAAACUAUCGAUAUAGACGAGCGGCGUCUGAUCCGCACAGCGAUUCGGGAGCUGCGGCGCUGUGAGAUUGAAGAAAUGGAGGCAGCACUAACCAGUAAGCGCUUCAGACGUGCCCACCAGCACAGACAUGAGGAUAAAGAAAACCAGUGCUGUCCUGCUGAUUUGACAGCUUCUUUAGACAUGCUAUCGGGGAAGAUUCAGGCUAUACAUGACAUUGAAGAACUUACUGGACUGUUGCAAAGCACCAGUGAAUAUGAAGAGAGAAAACUCAUUCGGGCAGCCAUUCGCCGGCUGAGAGAUGAGGAGAUACGAGGAGCAUUAGAGAAGGUUCAGACCGCUGGCCAAAGAACAGAGCGACGACAAAAUCCUCAAAGCAGCUUUGACCUACAGGGCGGACAGGAUAACAUCAAGGCAGAAGAGCUCAUCAGCCAAUCAGAGAGAAUUGAGAACCACAGAGAAGGCUCGAACCCCGACAUGGUUUUAGUACUAGAUCCUUUGGUCAGAGAGAAAGUCUCUUGCCCUCUGACCCAACGGAUUCAAUGUGAACAUGGCUCGCCCUCAUCAGAAGUCAUUCCUUCAUACCGGGAGCGUUGCGACUCCGGAGAGUCGAGUGACAGCCACAGCUCUCAUCAGAGAACGAGACUGAAUUCCAGCGCUUCGGAUCGCAGUCAUGAAUCCCUGUCUUCUGCUGAAGAUCAUCUGAGGAGCCAAAGAUCACGGCCAGGACCCGAUGGGGAGGAAGUGAGAGCGAGUGCAUCUUUGUCUGGCGUGAAUUCAGAGGCUCCUCAGAUGAAUCGAGAGCUGAAGAAACUUGACAAUGGCGUGGAGACGACCCGCUUUCAGAGCACAACAAGUUCACAAGAAUUCCCUCUGAACAUGAGCAGUAAAAGACCUGAAGAAGUCGCUGCACAGAAGGUUACAUCAGGUAGAGACGAUCUCUUGACUUCUCUUUCUAACGGGAAGGAUACAGAUUUUAAAAACAAAGCCUCAUACUUGGGUCCCUUCAUUCGUGCAAACUCUGUUCGUGACCGGAUGCGCAAGUUCGCAGAACCUGUUACGAAUAUACCUAGAAGUGGCCACAGUUCUUCUCACUCUACAAACACAGUGUCUGCAGAGAGAUCCCGGGACACGCUGUCCUGCUCUUCCUCCAUCCAGGAGAAAGGGAGGAAUGCCACUGAGAACAUGCUAGCCCAGCCCAAGCUGUCCUCCAACCAAUCACACGCCACAGUGGGCGGCUCACAGGGUCGCACUAAAGAUGUCAGGCGUGCGUGUAGCGGUUCAGAAGAAGUGCAGACUCCUGAGGGAGAAGCGUCUUUAGGGACCCACGAUACCUGGGGUGAACCCGAGUCCAACAUGAAGACCUUCCUCAGCAUUGAGAUCAAAGAUGGACGAAACCCAACUUCACAUUCAUUGUCAUCAUCCUCUACAGCUGGAAACAUGACUCCUCGAAUCAACACAUCUGCUGCUCCAAAGAAAACAGAGCUGACUCUUGGUUUAAGAGCGACACCGUUCAAAGUUACCAGCUCAAGUCUCUCAUCUGGAUCCUCUGUUAAGAUGGAGACGGAUCCCAUUUCUCUUGUGGGUGAAUCUGUGAGUGGGAUGGCUCAUGAAGUCCCGGUGCUUCCUAAUGGCUCAUCCAUGACCUCCAUCAAAAGAGAGGAACAAAGUGAGAAGCUGACCUCAGAGAAGCUGCAGGACAUCGAGGACGAGGAGAUCCUGGACAAAAUGCUCGAUGAUAGCAAAGAUUUUGAAGAAAGGAAAAUGAUCAGGACUGCAAUGAGAGAACUGCGCAAGAAAAAGCGAGAGGCUAAGCUGGGAUGCACACAGGAGGAAAUGGACCAGAGAGAGAGGGAGAGAGAUGUGCGUCUGCAGGAGCUCAGACAGCAGCGGGUGGACAGAUCUCAGAAAGGUCGGGGGGGCGCAGACACCAGUGAAGUGGUGAUGAAGAAGAUUGAGCGGUCCACAGACGGCUCCACUACCAGCCAGAUCACCAAUCGGGUUUCCCAUUCAGAUGAUACUGGCAGGACGUCCCGCAGCACUAUCAUGGAAUCCAGCUAUGUUCAAAAGACAGACAAGGGUUCAGUGCAAACAAAAUCCUACAGCUACUCCAGCACAACGUCCACUAGGAAGGUCGGAAGUGUUUUUGACCGCGAGGACAACACGUCUCGUAGCUCAAGUAGAUCGUCAGCUGUUGAGCGCAGACCGACAGAGAGAUCAGAGCUGGUGAGGGCUCAGACGUUACCCAAGUCAUCUGCCGCACAGGCUCGGAAAGCCAUGAUAGAGAAGCUUGAGAACACCGGAGGCUCCGGAGGCAACUCAGCAAUCACUCAAGUAAACAAGGUGCAGCGCUCCACAAGCUUCGGUGUCCCCAACGCAAACUCCAUCAAACAGAUGCUGCUGGACUGGUGCAGAUCCAAGACCCGUUCCUAUGAGAACGUGGACAUCCAGAACUUCUCCUCCAGCUGGAGUGACGGGAUGGCGUUCUGUGCUCUGGUGCACAACUUCUUCCCCGAGGCCUUCGACUACUCCAGCCUCAGUCCCAGCAACCGCAGGCAGAACUUCGAGAUGGCCUUCAACACAGCAGAGAAGCUGGCCGACUGUCCGCAGCUUUUGGAUGUGGAGGAUAUGGUGCGGAUGCGGGAGCCGGACUGGAAGUGCGUGUACACGUACCUCCAGGAGUUCUACAGGGGAUUGGUGCUGAAGGGCUUGGUCAAAACCAAAAACUCCCCCUAGGGUCAAAACUCAGAGCAAAACGGGCCUAUGCUAACUGCAUGCCCCUGGUGGAGGUGGAGGACAUGAUGAUAAUGGGUAAGAAACCAGACUCCAAGUGUGUGUUCACGUACGUGCAGUCGCUGGUUAACCAUCUGCGCAGGUAUGAGAUGAUGCUGGC